CCUCAGCUUAUUUUUAUUCUUCAAGUUUCUUUUGCCUUGUACUGGAACUCUUGAAUUUUCAGUGAAUUUUAUUAUCAGCUUGUCAAUUUCUGCAAAGGAACCAACUGGGUUUCUGAAAGGGAUUGUGUUGAAUCUGAAUAUCAAUUUGGGGAAUAUCUGUUAGAUGUGGGUUUAAAUAAAAGAGUGUAAAUUAAAGGUUUUGACUAAUGUCUGGAAUCAUUAACAAAACGUGGGAAGAUAGGAAAUGAAGAUAGUAAGAAGGUGUGUUUUUGACACUGAGUUUAUGCUACUGUGGAACACCAGGUGAAAUGUUCAGUAGGCAAUCAGAGCUUGUGUUAGAUGUGGAGGAGAGAACAAGGAACUGUGAGAGCAGCAUUAGAAAAUGAGACUUCUGAGAGACGGAAAGGAGAACCUCUGAGACCUGAACGCCUACAGUGUCCGUGAUGAGAGGGCAGGUGAAGGAAGAGAAGCCAGGGAAUGAGGGGCAGAGAGGUGAGGGGGAGGCCAGGCAGGCUGCUGUUGGGGAAGCCAUGGGAGAGAAGGUGGUCAGAAGUGUAGCUUCCUUCCGAGAGUGGGAGAGAGAGGGCUGGAAGGAACCGCCAGUUUGGUUUGAACAGGGACCUUCUUGCCUCCAGGAAAAGUUCACAGCUCACAAAGGAUAAUGCCUUUAUGGAACAGGGAUGAGGGUCCGUGUGUGUGGAGCCACCUGGGUUCUCCUGAAUCCACUUGCUGGGAUACAGACCUCAUUGGAGCCAAGAGCAGGGCUGGUCCCACUCAGAGCUUUCUUUCCUCCCUCAGCUCAGCAUGCUUCCCCAGUGCCUGCCCUUCCCCAAGUGGGGAACGUAGGAGACCAAGCAGCGGCAACUGUGCUCCGGAUGGUCAGGCCCCAGCAGGUGAGAACAGGAUGGAGAGUUCAGAGUUGCCUCCAAAGCAGGAACUUUCUAAAGUUUUGAAGUCAUCUGAUAGGACCUCAGUAGUACUCUGUGGAAUGAUUCCAGGAGGACCAGAAGCUGGAGAUACCUGUGAAGAGGCUUUAGAGAAGCUAGAAGUUCAACCCUCAGGUGAAGAAGGGGCCAGACUGGAAAGGGAUUUCUUGGAAAUAACACAGGAAGAUAAAAAUAAAUCCACAAAAGAUGGGUGUGAUGAAUAUAAGGAACUUGGGGGACAUCCAGACCUGUCUUCCAGUCCUGCAGAACAUCAAGGAGUUCUGAAGGGGCAGAAAUUCUAUCGAUGUGAUGAAUGUGGCAAAGCUUUUAAUUGGAGUUCUCACCUCAUUGGGCAUCAGAGAAUCCACACUGGGGAGAAACCCUAUGAGUGCAAUGAGUGUGGCAAGACCUUCAGGCAAACCUCUCAGCUUAUAGUCCAUCUCAGAAUCCACACAGGGGAAAAGCCCUAUGAAUGCAGUGACUGUGGUAAGACCUAUCGCCACAGCUCCCAUCUCAUUCAACACCAGAGACUCCAUACUGGGGAGAAACCGUAUAAAUGUAUUGAAUGUGGAAAAGCUUUCAAUGAGAGUUCCAAACUCUUUGACCAUCAGAGAACUCAUACUGGGGAGAAACCAUAUGGAUGCAAUGAAUGUGGAGCAGUCUUUAGUCGGAGUAAAAGCCUUGUCCGCCAUCAGGUACUUCACACUGGUGAGAAACCUUACAAGUGUAAUGAGUGUGGGAAAGCUUUCUGUUCUAACAGAAAUCUUAUUGACCAUCAGAGAAUCCACACUGGGGAGAAGCCUUAUGAAUGUAAUGAAUGUGGCAAGGCCUUCAGUCGAAGUAAAUGUCUUAUUCGACAUCAGAGCCUCCACACUGGGGAAAAACCAUUCAAAUGCAGUGAGUGUAGGAAAGCCUUUAAUCAGAUCUCUCAACUUGCUGACCAUGAGCGAAUUCAUACUGGAGAAAAACCCUUUGAAUGUAAUGAAUGUGGUAAGGCAUUCAGUCUGAGUAAAUGUCUCAUUCGACAUCAGAGACUUCACACGGGUGAAAAGCCCUAUAAAUGCAAUGAGUGUGGAAAAUCCUUCAAUCAAAACUCAUACCUCAUUAUUCAUCAGAGAAUUCACACUGGUGAGAAACCUUAUGAGUGUAAUGAAUGUGGGAAGGUCUUCAGUCAUAAUUCUAGCCUUAUGGUACAUCAGAGAACCCAUACUGGGGAGAAACCAUAUAAAUGCAAAGAUUGUGAGAAAGCUUUUCGUGACAGCUCACAACUCACUGUGCACCAAAGAGUUCAUACUGGAGAGAAACCCUAUGAAUGUAUUGAAUGUGGGAAAGCCUUCAGUCAACGUUCUACUUUCAAUCACCACCAGCGAACUCACACUGGAGAAAAGCAGUCAGGUCUGGCUCGGUCUGUUUUUUAAGAUGUGAUUCUCUAAGACAGCAAGGAACUCUGAGUUGAGGUUUCUAUAGAAGAAGUAUGCUCACCCUGGUCUCCUCUUGGAACCACUAAUCAAAGUGGAUUAUUCCCUAAAUGCUCUCUGGUGGUCAGGAAGGUGGGAGAGUGGGAGUAACAGUACCAUCCUUCCCUACUAAGGACUACACAUUUCAUGUGCUUGUAGGUUUCCUUUUUUUCACCUUUUUUUUUUGGCCACGCCAUGCGGCUUGCGGGGGAGCUUUCCCGACCAGGGAUCAAACCCACACCCUCAGCAGUGAAAGCAAGGAGUCCUAACCAGUGGACCACCAGUGAAUUCCCUUCUUUCACUUUUUAAAAAAAUUAAAAUCUAUCUUGUUUCUUAAUUAUUUAUCCCACAAUUAUAUUCUUAAGGAAAGAGAUAUUUCCUUAUUCUAUUCCACCUCCUCCAUUUUAUCAUUUAUAUAAAGUCAUUCUCCAAGACUCUGAGUCAUACUUUCUACCUCUUGAAUGUGGCCCUUUUAAAACUACUUUAAUCUAGACUCUCAUCACUUGUGUUCUCUACCUAGAAAAGCUUUUCUUCCUGUUGACCAAUCUGUGUCCCUUGAACCUUUAAGAUCUAGGUCAUCUCUGAAGGACUUUCUUCUUAAAAUGCUCCUUUUUUCCUCCUAACCUGUUGAUUGACCUCAGUGUUUUGAAUUAACCUGUGCUGUAAGAGGCUAAUUUGCAAUUGUUAUAUAAUUGCCUUGUCAAUUCUCAACCUAAUGCCCCUUUGUGUCCUUUUAUACUAACUUCAUGUAGGCUUUCAGGUUGGGUAUAGUAUCUAUUUCUUUUAGCAUAUAGAUAAUACUUUGCAUAUUCUAGUUGUUAAAUAGCUUUUAAAAACUCGCCUCUCCAACUGAACCAUGCUUAAAGUGGGCAUGAACUCCCCUUUCACCACCAGACCUAAAAUUUCUAAAGAUGGGUAUCAUAGGAUAUCAAAUACAAAGGCCUCAUUCAUAUCUUCUCCUUGUGUCCUUUAGAGUCUUACUACUGUUACCUCAGCCUCAGAGAGUUAAUGGAUUUGUGUUUGAGUGUGUGCAGGUGUGUGUGUAUAUGUAUGUAUCUAGGUAUUGGAGGCAGCUGUCAUGUUCCAGUGAUAAUGUACUUUGCCAUGAACACAGACUCCGGUUCUGUACUAGCUUUCUCCACCCUGCUGUCUAAGUACAAGAACAGCAUCAAAGUUUACUGCAAAGAAGACUCAACUUCCAUGGCAAUUUCAGUUCCUAGCAUUCUUGGAUGAUUGGAAUGAACAGUAAUGAAGUUUGUGACAAGAUAAUAGAGUCACACCAUUCUGAUUUCCUUACCAACUAGUUCUAGAUGCCUGCAACUGUCAUCUGAUUUUUAGGUGAGAGGUGUACGCUUAAUUAUUGUGAUUAUCUUCUGGGCCACCUUUCAUACCUCAAAGGCAUAAGAAAAUCUCUUCAGGGGAUUUCCUCUUCUACAGUCAUGUAUCAGACACAAGUUUUUCUUUCCAUCCUUGUAGUAGGGCCUCAAUGCUAGGGGAUCUUUGCCCCUGGUAGCUACCCUCUUCCUCUUAGCAAUAUGACAGGAUCAGCAGUGUGGCAGAGGAGGAGGAGGUUAGAGGGGCAAUGUCAGGCACAUAACCUAGAGGAGAGAGAUUUUUGUGAGCUGUGAUUUAUGUCUCCGAGACAGUGGAGAAGAAGGGGAAGAGAGUUGAGUCUCAAGAAAAUAAGAAUUAGGGGCUUCCCCGGUGGUGCAGUGGUUGAG